GACUUUCUCGGUUGUGUCAAAAUAUAUUGAGAGCGAGCAGUGCAAGUGACAGAUUGCGUGUUCUGAACUCUGAAGGGUUGCGAGCACGCUGCCCACCAUUGAAGCCACUCCCGUCCGUCCAUCUUUAGCCACACGGUACAUAGAAGACAUCUUGGCGCCCAGCCUCCCAUUGCAACACCAGGAACUUCUGGAAGAAAGGGAAAGCCGGAUGACAACAGGAAAAAGAGCUCUUGGCUUGCUUGUGACACUGCUCUAUCAUCGUUCACUGAGUCCUGCGAGCCGCCCGCCCAGGAAAGCCAAGAACUCCAAGCUUCCCAGAGAGUGUCCAAGGAAACACAAGACAACCAAGAAAACACAAGACAGCCAAGACGACCAAGACAGACGUCCCAAGGCUUUUCCAACACUAUUACAAGAAUCACCAAGAACACCAAGAGGACCAAGAAGACCAAGAACAAGUUGGUAUGAGGCGGAGCCUUGCUUGGCUUGUGUAUAUAUAGUGAAGAGAAACCGAAAGGGGUGCAAGUCGGAGUCCAUCGGUGACGGAAUCGGUAUUCGCAGAACGAAGAGGCCCAAUGAACGUAUGUUUUUUAUUAUCACAUACACAUACACUAGGAAGGCCAGAAACCCCGUGGAGAGGUCUCUACUGUUCAGUUGAUUGGCUGUGUAUGGUAUUUUAGUUCACAGUCAUCCGAUGUUCAAGAGACCCACAGAAGUUCAAAGGCAACUUGGCUCGUAUCAGGAAAGGAGGGUGGGGGAGCGUGAGGGAUAUGGAUGGUAAGUAAAGAAGGAGGGUAGAGUGAAGAAAGUGUCGGCCCAUAUGGUAAGUGCUACGA